CUUUCUCUAUAUACAACAAGAACUCGGUUUGUUUUAGUGCAACGUGUUUUUAUGCGUUUGGAAGCUACAGCUGUGUUACACAUUCUGUAUAUUUUAAUUCCGCGGUUGGUAUUGAGUUCGGUGUGGACGGUAUCUGUAUUACAGACUCGAGUGCAGUAGGAGAAAGUGAAGCAGCAGGACUGUGUCAUUGCUCCAGUCUGAUGUAGUUCGGCGGACCUUUGACAGCCUACCUGGCUUGUUUUUAUUUUCAUCCUGGAUGUUUUAAACGUGUUUUUAUUUGACGAGACUGGUCGGGGUUUGUUAUUUCUGUUGAAGAGCUGCUGCCUGAACCGUAUAACGUUGUUUUAAAGAUUCAACAGUCAUGGAAGCUGCAGGCCUGAAGCAUAGGAAUGACUGGUGAACUACAAAGUAACUGCCCUGCAUAGUGGCAGAUAUGCUCUUGAUGGGUUCACGAUGAACCGCGACACCUUUUCCCACAUCCGGCUUUGGUGCCCCCGUCCCUUUGGCACCUAUUCACAGAACAAGCCAUACAGUAAUGGCACCAUUGGCACAGGGACAACGUCUAAUAUCUGCAAAGCCGAUGCUGCUGGCUGUACAUCUUUAGAGGACAGUGGGGUGGCUGAAGAGCACCAUGAGGAUGUCGGCACUGAGAACACCCCUCCUACCCCUUCUUUCAACCUUCAAGCUCCUGCACCACCACCACCACCCACUCCUGCUUCUCAAAUGGAAGAUGGCAGGGUGUUGCUUGAUACGUGGUACGUCAUCAAACCAGGCAACACCAAGGAGAAAAUCGCCUUUUUUGUGGCUCACCAGUGUAGUGGAGCAGGUAUUAUGAGACCUAGUGCCAUGAAGGUGAAAGGAAACUGGGGGACUGACUGUACCAAGGCUAAGCGCCGACGCCGUUGUUCUUCCUAUGAACCACCUACAAAAGCUCAGAACGUGACCUCAGAGUUACCUUCAGAGCCUAACUUCUUGGAGGAUGGCGUUGGCGUGAGUGAGACCGAUCUGCUUUCUGUAGCUGAGAUGGUGGCCAUUGUUGAACAGCGCACGGCUAUGGCCCUGCAAGGCAUAGCAGCUCAAGGACAGACAAACUCAAAUCACCAACACCAUACAGUCCUCCAGAACACCAUUUCAAAUUCAACACCUGUUGUAUUUCUUGCAGAAUCUGUUCCACCUGCACCAGCUACUAAAAGUGACUUUGAAAAGCAGCAGCAACAGGAAUCCAGGCGUGUUGCUCAAGCGGUGGCACGUUUUGAGUCUCAGCAGCAAAACCUUGAGCGAACGAUCCUGCGGCCUCACAUUCACGACUCGGGCAAAGACCGGGAUUGUUCCGGUGAGACUGGAAAUAAUAAUCAAAGCCAUGGCCGUGGGGAGGUUAGGAUCGCUUUUCGGGUGUCUAGUUUAGAUCCGCGGUCUCAAUCUGAGCCCGAAGGACGUCCCAGAUGCAUGUUUAUGAGUUGUGGAACUGGAGGAGGCCAGGCAGCAACCAGGGCCAAAGAAAAGAUUACCUGUGACCUCUACCAACUGGUUAGCCCUUCAUCUCGAGACUCGAGUGCGGUCCUGCCGGGCUCAUCGAAACCUGAACCUGUGGGGGAAAAGAUCACCGAGCGGCCUUCCUCAACCCCCGAUCCUAACCAAGAUUCCUGCUCGGGAGAGAAAAAGACUCGUGAACGUGUGACCGGCUUUCAUGUAGAAGUUGUGGUCACUGGUGCAGUGGACCAGUGUGUCUUCUAUGGAAAGGACAGCACAGAGAAUGUCCAGGAAGAAACUGUUUGCAUUGCUGUGCCUAGUGGGGCUAACCGAACAGACACUUCAGAAGAACCCCCACCAGGCCAGCUGUUUUUUCUUCAGACCCCAUCUGCUGAAGAUGAAAGUGGUCCUGGGGUCACCAAUGGAAUAUGCUCCAUGGAUCAUGCCAAUGACAGUGGGUCAGUCGGAAGUGCAGUUGAAAGGCCAUCCAGCCCAAUUGCCAACAUGGAAGACUGCACCGAUAAAUCGCUUUGCCGUCUCUACCGCCACGUUUCGCACGACUUCCUGGAGAUACGGUUCCAGAUCCAGCGGCUUCUGGAGCCACGGCAGUAUAUGCUCAUGCUUCCUGACCACAUCAUGGUCAACAUCUUCAGCUACCUACCCACACGUGCUCUAGCUGCCCUGAAAUGCACCUGCCAUGACUUUAAGGCUCUAAUCGAGACCUACGGUGUGCGGGCCAUAGAUUCCCGCUGGAACCAGGACCCUCUGUACCGCGAUGACCCCUGCAAGCAGUGUAAGCGGCAGUACGAGCGGGGCGACGUCUCGCUCUGCCGCUGGCACCCCAAACCUUACCACCACGACCUGCCUUACGGACGCUCGUACUGGAUGUGCUGCCGGCGCACUGACAAGGACACACCCGGCUGUAGAGUUGGGCUACACGAUAACAAUUGGGUACAGCCAUGCGACAUGGUUCAGUCUCGCGCCAGAAGAGAAGAUGGGAGGUAAAAACCGGAUCUGAGCGAUUCUGGGUUCCUUCUCUACCUGCCUAAACCUCAUGUCACUGUAAUAUUGAUGGUCUGAACUUACUUUCCCUGUCUCAGCUUGUUAACCUUGCUAUUAUGUCAGUAUGAGUUCUUAGCAGUACAGCAUUUUUCGUUCUUACUCCUUUGAUAUGCUGAGUAAUGCUCACGUGUGAAUAUCAACGCUGAUUUAACGAGGUUAAUGUUUGCUGCAUGGGACUUGACAUAUAAUUGUGAAUUGGAUUGGAAUUCUGGCUAAAACCAGCGCUGAAGCAGAUCCCAGCCUUGCCAAAUCUGCAGGCUAGACGUUGACCUGUCUGUACUCCAAUACAUUUGAGGUUGGGAGUCAAAUUUUCUUUGCUGACCAUAGGGCAACAAAAGCAAAAAUGAUGUCACUUUACAAAUACCUGAUGUCACUUUGUAAUCAGUUCUACUGCUGAUGUUUUCAUCUGUGUGUGUAUUUUUGUUGUAUGGGAAUGUGUGAAUUAUUUUUUUUUCUUUCUUCUGGUUUUUAAAGUUUGCAGAAAUGAAUAUAAAUAUUUAAAGAGAUGUAUUUCUGGUCUGCCAUAGUCCUGCACCUGCCAGACUGUUCCUACCAGUCUGCUUGUUGGUGAAGGGCAGUCUUUGCUUUACGUUGGUGAAAGAACAUCAGGUUUCAGCCUUAAAUCCAUUCAUUUCAUUCACUCCACCAGUACAAUCUUUCAAACAAGAUCAACCGUUAAAGCUGAUGCCCUUUGGUUUGGGAGACCGUUGUAGGUUUUUAGUGUCAGCUGAUGCUAUAGAGAAUUUUUGCCUCUAAAGUAAAUAAAAUUUAUUUAAAACUGG